AUGCUCGCUGCUAGGAACACUCCCAGGGCGCUCGCACGCUGCGCCAGGCCCGCUGCCGCUUCCGCCGCGCGCCAAACGCUCCUCUCGCGCGCUUCCCUCACCGCCGGAGUCGCCCGCACCGCACCCAGACUCGCAGCACCCGCCUUUUCCCGCUCGUUCCAUGCGUCGCCGCUCACCCUCGGAUACUGGCAUGUUGCGGCGGGACUGACAAAGCUUUGUCCCGCAGACGAGAUCGUCAAGGUUCCGUCCAUGGCCGAGUCCAUCACCGAGGGAACCUUGAAGCAGUGGCUCAAGCAGAAGGGCGACUAUGUCGAGGCCGACGAGGAGGUCGCCACCAUCGAGACGGACAAGAUUGACGUCGCGGUCAACGCGCCCAAAGCCGGCGUCUUGACCGAGUUGCUCGCCAACGAGGAGGACACGGUCGCGGUCGGCCAGGACCUCUUCAAGCUCGACCCGAAUGGAAAGGCCGAGGGCGGUGCCAAGAAGGAGGAGGCGCCGAAGGAGGAGCCCAAGCAGGAGGAGCCCAAGAAGGAGGAGCCGAAGAAGGACGAGUCCAAGCCCGAGCCAAAGAAGGAGGAGGCCAUCCCCGAGGCCAAGUCUGAGUACCGCAAGCCCGACUCGGCGCAGCCUGCGCCCAAGGCUCCCGAGCCCUCGAAGAAGGAGGAGGGCAAGACGGCGCCUCAAAGCCCGGCUGCUGCUGCGCCCAAGGGCUCGAGGAACGAGACGAGGGUCAAGAUGUCGCGCAUGCGUGCCCGCAUCGCCGAGCGCCUCAAGGAGGCCCAGAACACCGCCGCCUCGCUCACGACCUUCAAUGAAAUCGACAUGUCGGCUUUGAUGGCCUUCCGCGCCAAGUACAAGGAGCAGGUCCUCAAGGACCACGGCGUCAAGCUCGGCUUCAUGUCGGCCUUCGUCAAGGCGUCGACUAUCGCUCUCCGCGAGUUCCCCGCCGUCAACGCCUCGAUCGAGGGAACCGGCACCAGCGCAGAGAUCGUCUACCGUGACUACGCAGACGUCUCGGUCGCCGUCUCGACCCCCAAGGGCCUCGUCACCCCUGUCCUCCGCAAUGCCGAGCAGUACAAUUUUGUUGAGAUUGAGCGCGAGAUCGCCAACCUCGGCAAGAAGGCUCGCGACGGCAAGCUGACGCUCGAGGACAUGAACGGCGGUACCUUCACGAUCUCUAACGGCGGCGUCUUUGGCUCGCUGUACGGCACGCCUAUCCUCAACCCGCCUCAAUGUGCCGUCCUUGGGAUGCACUCUAUUGUCGACCGGGUCGUGGCCAGGGAUGGACAGGCGGUUAUUCGGCCAGUCAUGAAAAUCCUUCACCACCGCGUUAUCGACGGCCGGGAGGCGGUCUCCUUCCUCGUCCUCAUCAAGAAGCUCAUCGAGGACCCCGCCCUCCUCAACCUGUACAACUAG